GAAGAAGAGUGUUGUCGUAGCAACCUGAAGCUUAUAGCAAAGGACUAUCCACAGUUUUUGUAGAUAAGUAUAACAGCUACCUAAAAGCGUUAUAUUUAGGUUCUGCUUUGUCAUCUGUUAUAAACAAAUGUAUUUUUGGAGGUCAACUGAACUGUAUUAGACAGCUGUUCAAUGUCGGUGAUAAACAGUCUGGUGCCAGCCCGUUUCCUGACUCUAAUUGCGCACCUUGUAAUAGUCAUCAUCAUAUUCUGGUCCCGGAAGAACAGUGUCAGUGCCUGCCUACCACUGAACUACACUGAUGAAGAAUACAGCCUUAUAGUGGGUUUAUCCGUGACCCUGGGCCUGUUUGCUGUCGAGCUGGUUGGGUUCCUCUGUGGAGUCUCUAUGUUCAACAACAAUCAAGCUCUUCUUUCUAUUGCAUGUCAUGCCAGUGGCUCUGUGGCUUUGCUUUUCUUCUUGUUUGAGCAAUGGACCUGCAGCAUCUACUGGUGGAUCUUUGGCUUCUGUAGUGUGAUUCCAGCGCUGUAUGAGAUGAUCCUUUUUGUAGUAGUGUUUGGAUUUAAGAAGAAGCCUCUAUGAGUCUCUUUGCCCUUUUGGUUCAGGCGAGUUGGAUAUUAUUUUUCCAUGACUGAUGUACCAAAA